UAUGCUGUGGCAUGUCCCUGCGCAGAAAAACAUAGACAGCCGUUGAAACUGCUCACAUGACAAUAGUAUGCUUGUUCUUUUUAAGAAUGGAACUAAUGACUUGCUAGAACAAGAAGUUAGCAAAGCACCCUGCAAUAUGUGAUAUAUUCUGAUAUUGCUGAAUUUAAUGACAUUCUUGUUACCAGAAGCUGAAUUAUCAAUUAAUAAUGAUAGCCUAAAUACUUAAACCAGUUUACCUCAAGCAGCAGGUACCUUGGUCAUGUUAGGCUGUAAAUUUAUCUGGCAAAUGUAUAAUAAACUAAUUGGGCCAAAAAGAUAAUAAAUUGCAUGGCAAGAGAUGGAAAAAUGUAAAAGAGGUGCAUUGCAUUUUAUCAUUCUAAUGACAUUCCUUUGCCUGCUUCAUAUGCUUCAUUUCUUUAAAAAAUAUUUGUAGACCUGUUGGCUGAUUUUAAAGAAACCUUGAUUAUAUUUAAUAAAGAACAGAACAUUAAAUCACACUAAAAGCAAAAAGAUAUUUGACAGUGUCAAAUGUAUAAUUUCGUCUGGAAACUGUGUGCAUUUCAAAAAUUUCAUUCAAAUGGUGAUUUCAUUUUAUUUCAUUUAAUAUCAUUUAAUUUAAUUUCAUUUCAAUGAACAGUGCUUAACUCUGCUAUAGCAAGCAUUUUUCACAACUGUUCAGCAGCUGUUGAUCAAAAUCUAAUUGAUACCCUGAACAACAUCAUGAACAAUGUUGACAAAAUUCAUUCAGCAUUCAUUUCUUACUGUUUUUUACUUAAUUAAACAAGAAGGAGCCUUGCUCAACAAGCCCUAAAGAACCUGUGGCAUGACUUUUCAAGACAGAUGGCUCUAACGCAGAAUGGACAUUAUGGUGUAAUAAUUAUGUGGAGAGUGACAAAACAUUAGUUUGAAAUUGUUAAAACGCACUGUUGUGGACUUAGAGGUUGACAUCCCUUUGGAGCUUUCGGUUUUUGUUAGUCUGUUUUGGGCUCUAACUGAAGUAGUGUGUUGCCAUUUUUUAAUGCUUGAGGCUGAAUAGGCUUGCAAUGCUUAGUAAAAUGUCAAGAGCCACUGCACAUAGCUUAACAUGGUGCUGUUUAUCCUAUUGACUUUCUAUCACAUACUGAACUUGGGAUAAAAAAGUAUGAAAUUUUCCUUAUUUUUAUUCUUUGUUUGAAAACAGCCUGGGGAUAAAAAAAUUGUUGCUCUAUGUUAGCUCAGAUAAUUAGAUAAAAUAUCUUCAGUAUUGCUUUAGCAAGCAAAUAAUGAUUGCUAAAAUAGAAGGCAUAAAAGCCCUGGCAAAAUGACUGGAUAAUUGCACUCAUCAUAUGCUGGACAUUGCUCAUUUUGUUCAGUCUGCAGACAUCCAGAAAUUUUGGUGGCAUCAAAACAACUGAACAUUGUCCAGUGAACUUUUGCUCUGCUAAAGAAUGUCUAUUAUUCAAGAAUGGUUAGGCCUGCUAGGCUCAUUAUAGUCUCCAUAUUUGUGCUCUAUGCCAUAGCUUUGGAUUAGUCAGAAUUAAAACUAAUCUCUUCAGAAGACUCGUCAACCCUCUUAAGAAAACUCAUCUUCUCUUGUUUUUCGUCAACUUGAAUGUUAAUGUUUGUUUCAUUUCUUCAUUUCUUCCCAUGUUGCUUACAGUUUAAGCUUGCUGUAGAUUUGAAUAUGAGAAAUAAAAUCCUGGCAAAUCCAAUCCACUACAUCACUUGCAAUGCCUGUGCGCAGACUGGACAAUGUUCAGUUUACUUGCAAAACUGCCUUCAAAAUUGACUGAACAACACUCAACAUUGCUGACGUAGACUGGACAAUGUGGCAAAAUGAUGCAACAUCUAUGCUGGACAUUUGUCCAGUUAAUGUUCAGUGAAAAUGUCUAGUUGUUUAGCCAUAGCCUAAUUAAUGCUUAAUCAAAGACACACAUUCAGAAUUAUGAAAAUGAAGGAAUUGUUCAUUUUCAUUUGAUAAAAAUUCUAGUACGAAUUAUCAAAAUUGCAAAGAAUUCACAGUGAUCCACAUACAAAGUUCAACUGCUGAACCUUCCCUGAAAGCUAUUAAAAUGCUACUUCAAAACUGCAUCUUGUUGUUGUUGGGCAAAAUCAAAUUCUUCCAUUGUCUGAGUUACAAGUGUAAGUAAAUCAAGGAAUGAAUUAAUUGCUACUCUGAGGUCUUUGGCUUUAUUAGAUUUCAAGGAGACAUAAAGUUUUGUACCAUCAACUUUCAGCUCUUUCUUGCUGCCACCUCGUUUUGGUUCUUUGUCGACCCUCAAAGAAUUAAAAGCAAUUCCGGCAUACCUUUCUGUUGGAAAUGGUAUGCACAAGUUCACUUGGCAAAAAGAGUUUGCUACACUAUCUGCCACAGACAUUGUAAUAUGAAAAUGUUGAAAACAGCAUGCGAAUCUAUCAAUUUCGUGUGAUGAUACCCAUCCAAUGUUAGGCCCUUUUGCAGAAAGCUUUAUCUUUUUCUUUUUCUCGAGCAGAUUUAGAUCAGUUGCCAAUUACCGUGCUUUAAAAGUUUCUUGCAGCAUCUGACUGUGAAAUAUCUACAUCAAACAAACCUCAACGUUCACAUGCCGAUCUGCGAAAACAUUUUGCCGCCAUUACUUUCUACAGACAAGAACACACAUGAGAGAGAUGUCUUUGAAUCAUCCAGCAAAUCGAUCUUCCAGUAAAUUGACAACUAGCCCCAGCCUCCUCUCCAAGCGACUAGGCCGAAGUUAUGGAAAAGUGACAGAAUAAAUCCAGAACGUCAAGAACAGACCCAAAGUCUCUGCCAUCAAGAUGAUGAAAAGAAUAUUCAACGAGAGAAAGUUUACUGCGGUUGUGAGACUUCUAGAUGGGGAUGAAUUUCAAACAGAAGUCACGAAAAGCACUCUUGGAAGAGAUAUCUUUGAACUGGUUUGUCAGCAUGUUGGUCUUGAAGAGACAGACUUUUUUGGACUUAAAUUUGUUUGCCCUAAAGACCGACAGUUGAGCUGGCUUGAUCAUGCAAAGACUGUCGGGAAGCAAAUGGGUAAUGGGCCCUACCAUCUGGCAUUUCACGUGAAAUUUUACCCCCCGAAUCCAGCUGCAGUUAAUGAAGACUUAACACGGUAUCAAAUUGUUUUGCAAGUUCGUGAUGAUUUACUCAAAAAGAGGUUGAUAUGCUCUGUUCCAAUUCAUGCUCUUUUAGCUUCCUUUUUGAUUCAAGCUGAAAAGGGAGAUUAUGACCCAGCCGAACAUCCAAAAAAUUACAUCGAUGGUUUGCAAUUCAUGCCUAAUCAGGAUGACAGUUUUACUGAAAAGGUUCACGAAUUCCAUAAAAAUCGCAAGAAUUUGACACCUGCAGAUGCUGAGUUCCAGUAUUUAGAUAACGCUCGCAAGAUUCCCUUAUAUGGGAUGGAUUUGCAUGAAGCUUUAGAUGGCGAUGGAACAAACAUUGUCAUUGGUGUAUCGGGAAACGGCAUACAUGUAAUUCUUAAAGGACGUGAAAUGAGCAAAUUUUCAUGGUCGAAUAUUCACAAAGUAUACUUUAAAUCAAAAAGGUUCUAUCUGGACGUCAGAGUUGUGACAGAGGUUGAAUACGAAGACCUGACAAUCGGCUUUCGCUGUAGGUCAAGAACUGAACUAAAAAGAUUGUAUCGAUCAGCAGUUGAUCAUCACACUUUCUUCAGGAGAGAUGCAUUGAUACUUGGUGAGCAAAAGGUGUCAUUUUUCAGACUUGGGUCAAGGUUUAGAUAUAGUGGAAAGAAAACACUUCAGCAAUUGAAAACAACUACCCACACAAGACCUCUCCAAACAUUCCAAAGAGUUUCAAGCCAGAGGUUGUCAAGUGCCCAGCCCCGUUCAAAACAUGAAGCGGCAGAAAGUCGCAAAAAAGAUUCAGAGAAUAAGGUCAAGGACACUGGAAGUGGAGCAGGCACCAAGCAUCAAAUUAAUGAAGUUAACAGUUGUGAAGAUGACGGCAGCCCUUCCAUAUCUCGUGAUGUUGUAAUUGUUCCUACGGAGGAUUCUGUAAAGGAAAAAGGUAAUGCUGACAAGCCAAAAGCCACCAAUAAUUGCCUAGCCGUGAAAAUCACGAUUUCGCCGCCGACGCCAGUGCCCGGCGAAAGACGCACAGUAGAUGUAGAUGAUUCUUGUGAAGAUUUCGAAGUCAUUGAAUCUAAUGAAAACGAACUGGAAGAAUCGGACGUGACGUCAGAUGUCAAACCAUCUGAGGAUCCACCAUCGCAGACCGAGGAUUCGUUGUCCCAAGCACCACGUGGAGAGCCAGAGGGACAGAGCGGCCAAGAAGUUGAGACCGUUGAGAAACAAGUCAUCCAAAGGGUUGAAACCACAGACUCUGAGUCUUUCGAAGAAAUCACAUCAAGAAUGGAAACAACAACCACAGUUACUACAAAAACCAUAACCAAGACUGAAAUUAUUACAGUGGACCUAAAUGAGGAGACAGUUGUAGUUGAAGAGGAACACAUAGAAGAAAAUGGCACAGAGCCAUUGGAGUCAUGAGUCGCUGAUAAUCACAGACAUUGCUAGAACCGUUGCUGAGGUGUGCUGCUUGUUGUGACGUAAUGAAUUUCAUAAUUGGCUGUUUUUAACCAGCUGUAGACAAAAACUCAGCCAUUUCAAACAACAAUAUUAAAUACUCAGUCUUUAGUCAUCAGGUAUUCCAUAAUAGCGAAAGACAGGUCACUACUGGACAUUAAUAGUUGUCUGCAACAAACGAAAACAACUGAUGCCCAACAACUUACCUCAAACUUUUCCAAAUUUUUAUUUUUAUUGAAGAAAAAGACGAUUAUACGAAGUAUUAUGAUUGAUAGUGAGUAUGACGUUAAGGCUCGCUAAAGAUCUGUUCUUAUUUGGAAGUUUACCAUUCUCCUUUUGACAAGAAUAAACCCAUUUGUCUUCUUUUUACCUAAAUAUUAUUACAGAAUCUUUACUAGAAAAAAAUAGGACUCAAGACUAGUUUUCUUUCUGUUUAUUGAAAUGAAACCUACCAUUUCACUCUACGUUAAAGUUGGUUAGGAUUGUCGAGUGUCGAGGUAGCCCUGCUUUUUUCUUCGAUAUGCUGGUAGUUAUUUCAAGUCUUGUUCUUCCUGCUAUAUCUAAUAAUCGCAGUUUUAGAUACUUUUAUCAUAAAUAUGGCCGUUUGCUAUAAGCUGUAUAUAGCCUAUCGGUUUUGUACUUGCCAAGUAGUAAUAAUCAACUGCUUUCCCGAAUUUCUAGCACUACACUUCUCUGACUGAAGAGAUUCCGAAUUUAACAUAACCAGUGUUCUCAUAUGGAUAAUCUGUUGUCAGCUGUGACGUCAUCAUUAUGAUUAUAAUCAUCAUUAUCAUGAUCAAUCGACGUCAUGAGCAUCAUCUCCAUUACCAUCUGCCAUUUAGUAUAAAAAUGCGUAGUUUUUCGACAGUUUACACUAGCAAUAAUAUAUGAUUAAAUAUGUCAAUUAGUUAAUGCUUUUUUGUUGUGAUUGGAAACGUUUGCCAUCCAUCAAAUAUACAAGAAGUAUAUUUGCCUUAUAUUCAGUCUCAGUAUAACAUGUUUUGGCCUCUGCAUCUUGCAACAUGUUUCACUUGCAUUAUCUGUAUUUUUAGUUGCAGUGUUUACAAUGAUAUUUUGUUACGGAUCCGGCUUGGUCUCCUUUGUAAAUAAAGACUAAUCAAAAAAUUGCAAAAGGUUUUUACAGAUGUUUCCUUCUUUUCAUAGACAUUUAACCAAAAUUGCUUUGAGAUUCAAAGAUUUGAGACUCUACCCUGCUUUUGUGUUUGAUGGUUGGCUAUUUAGAUAAGCUUAGUGUUCGUUUAUCAUAAUAACAAGAUAUUAAAGAUAUAGUGUCACUCAAAUAUGUUAUGAAUAGUUAAUAAAUUAUGUUUCUUUGACUAAGCCGUUGAUGUAUAGUGAUGUUAUAGUUGAAUAGAAACUAAGAAUUGGCUACAUUUUGCCCUGUCACUGCUAUAUACCCCUUCCCUACCUCCCCCGAAUUUUUAACCCUCAACUCGAUUUUUUAAGAUCAGUUUUACAUACACCAUAAAGUUCAAUGGAAAAACUUCUUUAUUUACUUUUUGCUACCUUACUAAAAGAAUUCUAAAAUUUCGGUUCAUCGCAAAACCGCCAGAGAUGUCUUUGAAAACGAACUUAUCCUUUAGCCCACCCCAAAUUAUACCUUUUUAUUUCUGUCAGUGGGAGUUUUCAAUAUUGUUUUCUUAUCAUGUAAACUCUUGUAAUUCCCACUUGCUAAGGUUUUCUUCGAUUUGCAGUAAAUGGGAAAGUGAAGUCUGUCUAGAUAUUCGAUGAACACUUUUUAUUUUACCUUAGAAUUGUCAUAAGUAAAAUUGUUGAUUAAUAAGAUAAGCCUUUUCA